GCUGCCACAGUUACAGAAUAUCACUGUUGCAUAAGUCAAGAAGAUGCAUGUGUGCUAAACUUAGCUCCCCCAUCUGCAAUCGUUUAGUCUUCCUCUUCUGGUUUCAUCAAUGGAGAAUGAGAAGAUGGUUACUGGGAUCGAGCAAAUCUGUUUGGUUGAGCGAUGUUUACUUGUAAACUGCGGCUGCACUUGAUACCUUAACUCUUGACUUCUCCGGUCCAAGACACCUUUUCUGUUCUUCCGGUUUACUGCGUUCCCUUGUAGUGGAUUAGAUCGGAUGUUCGUCAUCACAACACCAAUUCAAGACGUCUUAUUGCGUCUUAUUGUCUUGCCAGGUUCUUGCAGAAGUUACCAAUACUGAAGCCCUUUUAAGCCGCUUUGACAGCGAAGUUUUAAGUUUUGGAAAAUGGUGACCACAACGACCAAAGUGCUCAAUUACACCAUCGAACGUGGACCGAGCAAGAACAUUGUCAGCGCCACCAUAACAAGCACCCCGGGCGUCAACGUCGGGUAUUUCACCAAACCACCCGGCAUUUUAAGAAUACUCCAGCUGAUUCUCACGGCGGUGGCACUCGGCCUGAUCAUCUUCCAAAUCUCCAUCCACCGAGCCUUCAAGAAGGAUGUGUACGGCUUCGACCUGCCCAUCAAAGACUACGAACGCGAAACAGUGUUGGCCGGUGAACUGUUCUUCCUCUGCGUCCACUACGCCGUACUCAUUCUCCUCCUGAUCUUCAUCAUCACCUACUUUAUCAGCCUGGUCUCCGAGAUCGUCAUCAUUAAGACCUCGACGCUGGAUGCGGUGCUCAACCUGGUCGUGGCCGUGUUGUUGCUGAUUGCGGCCAUUGUGGAGCUGACGAUGACCGUGCAGUGGACGUACGAUCGCGAAGCCACGCUGAUGAUGCCACGCGGGCGCAUCGAGGGAACGCAUCGUGUGGUGCAGGAACUGGUGGUGAUAUCCACACCGCGGCCCUAUACUCCCAUAAUGUACACCCGCGACUGGGGCAUCCGGAUUGCCGCGGGAGUGAUUGCGCUGGUUAAUGCGCUGCUCUUUAUCGUCAGUUUUGUCUUCUCACGCAAAGAGUACUACGCUGAACAGCAUGUGGUACCACCUGGAUACGUCCCGCCGGCGGCUCAGCCGGUCGGUAUGACGGCGCCGGUUCGCAGCAGUCAGUCGGCCGCACUGGCCACGACCACGGUCACCCGGCAUUCACCGGAUGAGUUUUGACACUCUGCUCAAUAGGCUCAAUAGUUACGAUUAUUUGACUCAUCUACGCGCUGUGGAGCAAAUAUCUUGGAAUUUACCAAAACGAAGUACUUACCAGUGGAGAAAUAUUAAUUCGACCAAAUGGAUUUAAAUCGGCGCCUUGCAUUUAUGAACAGAAAUGGCAUUUAUGGUUAAAAAGCUCAAUCCUUUGUUUUUAUGUUAGUAAUCAUGCAGAACGUUUGGUUCGAGUAUUUAUCAUUUACAGUUACUGCAAAUUAAAAACGA